GAUACCGUGGUGGAUCAUUGGCACUUGCAAUCUGCCGGAUGUUCUACAAGAAAGCAGGAGCGCAUUUAAAUGUAGUGUGGCAUAGCAGUAGUCGUAGAAGUAUAAAUGCGUCUUACCAGAAGCUGCAGUCGAGGAUUGUGGACGGCUGAGUCAUUGAGCAGGGCCUGGGAAUCAGAACAUUGGACCCAUGUCAGAGGCUUUCACCCUCCACUUGUCUCAAGAGACACCAAGAAGCUAGAGGCGAUUACACGCGUGGACGGGAAAUUACGGGGCACAACAUUACAGAUGCUUGAGGAGCCAUUCUGUGACACGUCGCUUUGUUGACUCACGGCGUCACCGGCUCCAUGACGCUCUAAUUACAUGUAAUAACGAACAACACUGUGGUAGCGCGUCACGCACGUCACUGACUGCACCCAUCAGCAGUUGAUGCGAAACAAGUCACUGCGUCACCAAACAUUAGCCGCUGUAGCUAACAAUCACUCAAUCUCGACGUCUGCGUCACAACAAACUGAAGGGAAAUGUGAAGAGGCGCUUACUUCAAUCGCUCCUUCAGAGCUGGACGACAUCUCUGCGGGCUUCCGCGCAGACAAGGACGCCGGCCAGGCGGCUGCGAGCCGGGAGAGAGGGAACUCCAGCUUCCAGGCCCGGGACUACACAGCAGCAGCCCUGCACUACUCCCAGGUGAGGAGCGCGGCCUGGGUGCGGUCCGCUAAAAUCAUGCCCGUCUGCUUCCAGGGGAUAUGUCUGGCGCCUCAAGGCUCUCCUCAGCUGAGUUUGUGUUUCGCCAACCGAUCGGCUGCUCUUCACCGCCUGCGUCGGUACCAGGAAUCCCUCGACGACGUGGACAGAGCCGGACGCAGCGGCUACCCCGCUCAUCUCUCUCACAAACUGGAGGCCCGUCGAGCGUCCUGCCUCCAACACCUCUCUGGCCUCACUCACGGUGCCGCCUCAGAGCCAGGUGAAGAACUCCGGUUUGGCCUCUCGCCACGCGCUGACGUUCGUUUCAGCACGGAGAAAGGUCGACACCUCGUGGCCACAGACGGGAUCGCUGCUGGGGAAGUGAUAGUGCGUGAGAAGCCGCACAGCUGCGUCCUCAUUCCCUCAGCGACGGCGGGCUUCGGAACAGAGCACAGACGUUGUCACCUGUGUUUGAGAGAGACGCUGUGUCUCGUGCCGUGCGAGGGUUGCAGCUACAGCCGCUACUGUUCGGCGGCCUGUAUGGAGGCGGCUUGGCAGGAGCACCACCGCUGGGAGUGUCCGCUGAUGGCGCACCUGCGCGCGCUGGGCGUACUGUCGCACCUGGCUCUCCGGGUGGCGCUCAAGUCCGGACCCAUCCGUGCCACCGGUGAUGCCGCAGAAACGCUUCACAAGGACUCGGACGUGAGCAUUUUUCACCUGCUGCACCACCUGAACUCCCUCAGCAGCAGCAUGCGCUUCCUGUGCGCGGUGACGGUGGCUGCACUCUGCAGGAAGCUUUACAGCACGGGACGGACGCCGGCGUCCUGGGACGCCCCAACAACUGAAGGAGCAGAGUCAGGCGGCUCACUGGGAGGUGCGGUUCUGAGACACUUGCUGCAGCUGAGGUGCAACGCCCAGGCAGUGGUGGCGCUGCAGGACACAGGUGUGUCACACUCCUUGGUGCAGUCCAGCCAAGAAGUCCGCAUCGCCACGGCUCUGUUCUCCACUCUCAGCCUCCUGAAUCACUCCUGUUGCCCCAACACCAGCCUGGUGUUCACGGCCGGACAAACCACAGAGGGAGACGCUGCCGGCAGUAAACGUGGCGUCACGGCAACCGUCCGAGCGGCCGCGGCCGUCCAGCCUGGACAGGAGAUCCUGCACUGCUACGGUCCUCACAGCAGUCGGAUGCCGACUCCGCAGCGGCGGCGCCUCCUGCAGGAGCAGUACUUCUUCCUGUGCCGGUGUGAAGCCUGCAGCCAGCAGGAGCAGGACACGUCGCCGGACAGACACCUGAGGUGGGCUCAGGGAGGCGGGGCAAACACGUCGGGGCUGCGAUGCAGCGCGGGUCGAGGCUCUCUAGAGCAGUGCGGUGACAGUCGCGAGCACCUGUGUGUGGCGCCACCUUGUGGCCGUCACUCCCCCGGGUCUGGAUCGAGCGGGACACUUCAGGCGAUUCAGGUGGACCUGGUGAAGGCGGUGGACCUGCUGGAGGCCGACAGAGCAGAUGAGGCUCUGGCUCUGCUGGAUCGAGCCAGCCGACAGUCAGAGCUGGCACUUGAGGAGACGCAUCCCACGCGUGGGGAGCUGGCUGAUGCCACGGCCAGAGCCUUCGCCACCAAGGGGGAGUGGACGAAGGCGGCGUCACAUCUGGAGCGCAGCGCCGCCGUGAUUGGCUCCCAGUACGGCCAGGCCAGCGUUGAAAUGGGUCGACAGCUUUUCAAAUUAGCCCAGCUGCACUUCAACGGCGGAGCCAGGAGGGCGGCGCUCGCCGUCAUCCCCCGGGCCGAGCGCCUCCUCAGCCUUCACUGUGGUCCUCAGUGCCAUGAGGUCAGGGAGCUGCAGGCCAUGGAGAGGUGUCUGCAGGAGCACAUCACUUCCUGAUGACAGCAAAUAAAGUCAAACACUGAC